UCUGGCUAAUUAGUAUGCAACACAAGCAACAGCAGCAACAGCAGCAGCUGGUAGAAACCAAGUAGAGCAUAGAAAAAUAUAUAAUUCACUUGGCGAACAUGGAGGAGGAUGUUUAUGCAACGAUAAACUACAAUGAUAGCGAAGGCGGCAGUGGCAGUGGCAGCGAAGAUGGCACCGAGGAUGACGAUAGCUGGAGCAGUCUAGAGAGGAGUGUGGAACAGCUGCAGCAUUGGCUGAUCUGGCAGCUGCCCGAUCCGGCCAACUACAGUCAACACCAGCAGUUGGCCAAUCGGAAUCUCAGCAAUGAGACCACAAUGUCAACGUCGGCACCCAACAACCAAACGGAGCCAUCACUCGAUGCCAACAAUUACUGGGCACUCCUGGCCCUUGUCCUGGUCGUUGGCACUGCGGCUGGCAAUAUUCUGGUCUGUCUGGCCAUUGCCUGGGAGCGUCGAUUGCAGAAUGUGACCAACUAUUUUCUCAUGUCGCUGGCCAUCACGGACUUAAUGGUUGCCGUGCUCGUCAUGCCACUGGGCAUCCUAACGCUGGUUAAAGGCCACUUUCCGUUGAGCUCGGAACACUGUCUGACGUGGAUAUGCCUGGAUGUGUUGUUUUGCACGGCAAGCAUAAUGCAUCUGUGCACGAUAUCCGUGGAUCGGUAUUUGUCGCUGCGGUAUCCAAUGCGAUUUGGGCGCAACAAGACUCGCCGUAGAGUCACACUCAAAAUUGUCUUUGUCUGGCUGCUGAGCAUUGCGAUGAGUCUGCCCCUCAGCCUGAUGUACUCCAAGGAUCAUGCCUCGGUGCUGGUGAAUGGCACUUGCCAAAUACCGGAUCCGGUUUACAAGCUAGUCGGCUCUAUUGUUUGCUUCUACAUACCGCUGGGCGUGAUGUUGCUCACCUAUUGCCUCACUGUGCGCCUCCUGGCCAGACAACGGCAGAAUCUGGGCGGUGGCCAACCAACGGCAGCAGCCACUCCAGGCUGGGCAAGCGGCUGGUUGGGCCAGGCGCCCGCUUUGGAGCGUCGCUGCACUUGGCGGCGUCUGUUGAAACCGGGACAGAGCCCCGCCUCUUCGGUGCUGCACGCCCACUCAGCGAACUCGACGGACACAGAUCUCAGCACGUUGGACAAUCACGAACUCUGGCUGCCCGACUCCAGCAUACCGGAGCCGACGCCAACGACGAUGACGGCUUUGCAUCAGUUUGGUGCCGAGAUGCUGAAAUUAUCACGUGGUCUGGAAUCCGUUGCAUCGUCAUCGACAACGGGCUCGCCUACCAAAUCCGAAUUUUCCAUUUCAAAUCAUCUGCCGUACUCGAGCAGUCCACAGCGCUAUGCAGCAGCACAUCAGCAGCAGCAGCAACAGCAGCAACAGCAGCAUCAACAUUUGCAGCAACAGCAACAAAAUCAGCUGCCAAACUUGCAACAGACAUCGCCCAAAAAAACCACAAACCUGGGCCUGUCAACCACAACGCUGGGAUUGGAGCGCGAAAGCACCCGCAACUCCUUGGCCAGCAGCCGCAUGGGCGAACAGAGCGAUGGGACCCUUUCACAGUUGUCACAAAGGCUGCGCGCCUACAAGAAACGACGACGCGCCUCCUCAGCAGUUUCUGGCCGGGAACAACGCGCUGGCAGCGAGGAUGCCGAGGAUGAGGAACAGGACUCACUGCGAAGACGCAAACGCUACAAUAGUUUGCCAAAAAAUGCACUCUACACACAGCACAAGACGCUGCACGAGAGCCAGGACGACGAUUAUGAUGAUGAUGUCGUCGACGACGAUGACGACGACGACGACGAGGACGAGGAGAAGCCAUCGAAAUCGUCGUCCAUUAGCAAGGGUUGUCACUCGGACACAGAGGUUGACCAUCAGCAGCAGCAACAGCAGCAGCCGGUCAAGCAAUGCCGCGUGACCGUCAGUCCAAGUCAUCAGUCGGAUUAUCUGCAGCUGCCGUCUGUGUGCACCUGCCCCUACUUCGGGGAUCGUCCGCUGCCGAGCUGCGUGAAGACCGCCGAAGUUAAGAUUAUAUCGUCCGCUUUCAAGGUGACCACCACGACGACAACAACGGCAACGGCGGUGAGUAGUUCGCCCAGUGAAAUGGAACUACUACUCUGCAGCAGUGCCGCUGGCAACAAGGGCAAUGCGCUGACGAACAGCCUUAGCGUCGGCCUAGCAGCAGGCGGUGCAAGUGCAGCUGGUGGUGCCACCGCGAACACCCUGUCGCCGAGCAGUGGAUUCUUAGCAGCACCCGGCACACCCUGUCCGGGUCGACGCAAACUGAGCAUAUCGAAGACCGCCUCGGUUAUUACCUGGGAGGCCAGUCGUCAUCGUCGACGAGGUAGUAGCUUUGGCGGUGUACGCACCUCUCUGCUCCUCACCCCCACAAAGACGGCAUCAUGUACGACGACAACGACGACGACGCCGCUGCGACGCUCGGCAACCCUACGCAGUCAUCAGAAUAUGAAUUAUCAGGGCGCUGGAGAGGCAGGAAGUAAAUCCAGAACGCCACAAUCCUCACCGUGCCUGCUGCAGCGACAGCAAACAGUGCGAUCCCAUCAUUCCCGCAACUCUAGCGUCAUCUCGAGAAACUCCUCCCGCCAUGGACGGAUCAUCCGGCUGGAGCAGAAGGCAACCAAGGUGCUGGGUGUGGUCUUCUUCACAUUUGUCAUACUUUGGUCACCGUUUUUUGUGCUCAAUCUGUUGCCGACGGUGUGCGGGGAGUGCGAGGAGAGGAUAAGUCAUUGGGUAUUCGAUGUUGUCACCUGGCUGGGCUAUGCCAGCUCCAUGGUGAAUCCCAUUUUCUACACCAUAUUCAAUAAAGUAUUCCGACAGGCCUUCAAGAAGGUACUCCUCUGCCGCUAUUCCAGCAACAGUGCUUGGCGGCCGAGUAGAUAGCAGACGCCGGUUAAGUCCGGCAAGCUGAAAACAAAUUCGAAUCCACUUAAAAAUCUCAAACCGCCACCCAUCAAGUGUGCCAGCUUUGAUUUCGAGCAGCGCUCAACGGUCGUCAUCGGUAGUGCCAGUGGUGGUUGUGGUGGUGGUGGUGUCCUCAAGAGGCAUUCGAACAGCAGCUCAACGGCAAACUUAUAAACCAGUCCAAUUUUCUAUGUGCUCGAGCUUGUGGUGUACCCCACAGCAGCACCACCCAAAAUCAAAUGCUCAGAGGUUGGUGUAUGUGCGUAUUGUGGUUUGUGUGUGUGAAUGUGUGUGUGCACACAGAAA